AUGGAAUGUGUUAGUUUGGGUGAUGUUACCGACUGUGAUGUGAGUGAUACAUUUGAUUGCGUAUCUUUGAAGGAUUCAGAUUUGAACUUUUUUGACCGAAAUUUAGAGUUUUUCGAGAGCUUAAACUUACGUGGCCUCUGCUCCUUUUUAUCCUCACUUUAUAACUUUGUCCGACUUAACUUUUUAUCAUCUCGAAGGCCAACCAGGUUUGAAUACAAAUCUGGAGCUAGAAAAUUACUUAAAUCAUUAAAACGGUUGUUUCCAAAGCAACAAAGAACCGUUACAUUUGACUUGAAAAGUCAAAACACAACUAAUUCUGAGGAUAAAUUAGAUUUAUUAUUUGAUUUUUUUGUAAAUGAUAAAUAUUUGACCGUUGUUUCUUCUUUCCACGGCUGUAAUUUAAAGGUUACCACCAUACAACUUCAUUCUAACUUUAAUGUUAACUCUAAUUAUAUUAGUGAUGAAUUAGGAUAUAAGGUGAAUAAAUUGGGAACUAAUAGUUCUGUUCUAAUAACAUCGUUAACAGAUUGCAAAAUAACUUCCUUAUGCGUGAAUGAUCUUUUAGCACUGGGAUUUGAGAUAUUUGUCUCAUUUUCUAAUAAAUAUGUGGCCUUCUUUAGAGUCAACACGUUUGACUAUAACAAGUCGCCAGAGUUUAGCCUCUCGAGCGCAGUUAACGUGACAGGGUUUCUACAACUGAAGAGACCAGCAGUUUUCUCAAAGUAUAGCCCGAACCGUGAAAUGGUACUGGUAGCUACAGAUACACAAGUUUAUUUGUUGGAAAAGAGUGGAUUUGAUGUGGAAUAUGAGAAAUUAGCUGAAUUCAAGCCAGGCUCACUUUUAUGUACAGAUUUCCUAAAUGACUUUGAGAUUUUAGUACUGGAAAACAACUUCAUCUUGACAGUCUACAAAAAGUAUAACUUAAAGUAUCAUAGGUUUAUAAAGUAUAAUAUUAAGUCUUUGGUUACAGGUUCUGCUGUAAACACAGUAAGUCCUGGACUCGGUAGAUUUGCCCGCGAUUACAUGGGAAACUUAUACCUGCUAGUGAAGAACAUGAAUCUUGUCAAGUUCACUUGGAGUGAAUCUAUACUACCACAUUCUAACCAGCUAUAUCUACAACCACCAAAUGAUCUUUUCCAUAUCGAUAAAUCUUUCUCAACACUGGUUUAUAAUUUUUGUGUCGAGAAUAACUUGGUAGUGGUAACGUUUGAGAACUCUGAGUGUGUACAUUUGUAUGGCUUAACGUCGUUGAAGGAGUUAUACCACUUAAAGCCGCCGGUCCAAGGUUAUCUUCCAAGACUUGUGAGCACAUCGUCUAGUAACAACUACUGUUUCAUUGUUGUGCUUUGGGCUCACAGUUCCAACUUCACCACUGCUCUGGGAAACGACUUGAACCCGUUGAUACAGAGGAACGUUUUACACCGUGAUUUGAUUAAGGCGUACAGAGUAAAGUCGGGCCUGACUAAGGACCCAGUAACUGAUGAGCCGCCUCUUAGUUAUCAUAGCACAAGGCCGGACUUCACAAAUAUCAGUACAGUCCCAAAUAAAAUGAACAAAUUACCCAUACUAUCUUCAUUACACCCCAAAAUCUCUUUCAACACACGAAGAAAUGAUUAUAAGAAAUAUGAAGAUGUGUUUGGGUAUCGGAGGAAUUUCUUAGGCCGUUCCCUCAGUGAUCACAGCCUCAGACAACCUCACGAAACUGUCUACUCUCUGGAAGAAUUCAUACGAAAUCGGCACAAACCAAAUUUCUACUAA